AUGAUCAGUUGCUGUAUAUGGAUUUGGAUUUUUGUUAUUUCAUCUGUAUGUUCUUUCAGCCAUGUUGAUUACAAUAUCGGUGGAACAACUGCAAAUGGUUGGGAAUUUGUCCGUGAUUUAUUCAAAAAGAAUUUUGUAGAAGAACAAGAUUUAGGUGCUUCAAUAGCACUCUAUCAUCAAGAUAAAUUAGUUGUAGAUUUAUGGGGUGGAUGGUUUGAUCGUUCUUUUACUAAACCUUAUGAUAAUCAUACAUUACAGUUAGUAUUUUCAACAAGUAAAGGUGUAGUAGCUAUUGCUGUUGCAUUAUGUGUUCAAAAAGGAUUACUUAACUAUUCCGACUUAGUUACAAAAUAUUGGCCUGAAUACGGGCAAAAUGGUAAAGAAAACACAACAGUAGCAGAUAUUCUUUCUCAUCGUGCUGGAGUGCCAUUUGAUCCAGCCUUAAUCGAACAGAUUUUGAAUUGGACAGCAAUGGUUCACUCAUUAGAACAACGGAAACAACUAUGGCCUCCCGGAACUUCUCAUAGUUAUCAUGGAUUAACUUAUGGUUGGCUUGCUGGAGAAUUAAUAAGACGAGUUGAUCCAAAGAAGAGAAGUGUAGGACAAUUUAUUCAGGAUGAAAUUGCAAGUCGUUUAAAAAUUGAAUUUUAUAUUGGUUUACCAUCAAAAGAAGAUUAUCGUGUAUCACCAAUUUCUCAUAGUUUAGAUACUAUUCAAACAAUGAAUGAUUCACUGAAAGCUUUAUAUGUGUUUUUCAAUGAACCUCGUCUACAUCAUGCUGAAAUUCCAGCAGGAAAUGGAAUAACAAAUGCUCGAUCAUUAGCAAAACUUUAUGCGUCACUUAUCACUGAUUUAGAUGAUGAAAAACAAAAACGAUUGUUAGACGAAGCAGUUUUGAAACAAGCAAUAAAAUCAAAUACUCCUAAAGAUGAACCUGACUUUCUAGGAACUGUACCUUUAACAUUUAGUAUGGGAUUUUUACUUCUUGAUGAAACAUUUUCAUUCUUUAAGUCAGAAAUAUUUGGUCAUUCUGGAUCUAGUGGUAGUAUUGGUUUCGCUGUACCUUCAAAAAAUCUUUCAUUUGCGUAUGUUACGAAUCAACCUGACAUGAGAACAACAGAUCGUACUUUUCCUCGAAUUCGAACGAUUCUUGAAAAAGUUGUUACAAAGAUCAGGGACAAUUAUUAA